AUCAUGUAAGGUUUAUAAAAGAUUUUAUUUGAGAGGUCUAAUUACCGAGUAAUAUCUUAUGAAAACACAUAUAUCUGAAUGGAUUCAACUAUUUAAUUAAUCAAAUCCAAGAUCAUUUGCAAUCCAACACUCAAUAUCUCUGUAGCAUGGAAACAAUAGAUAGCGUUUGGAUUCACUUGUAAUAAAAAAAAAAGUUCAGUUAGCUGUUGCAAAUACUACCCACGCCGUUACUUUCCCUAGACCAGAUGACAACAAUUCAACUAAUAAAUUCUUUACAAUGUUAACAAUUUUAAUCCUCAGAACUAUACUAUAAUAAAUCCAAGACACAAGAUAAGACAUAAAAUAGAGAUACCAUUUCACUACUCACUUUAAAUCAGGUCACAACAAUUUAACAUCUACUCAAUUCAUUACAAUGUCACACUUUCAACCCCCUUAAUUCUUUCAACAAAGUUGAGACACGAGAUGAGACAUAAAAUGGAGAUACCAGUUCACUUCCUAAUACAAGAGCAAGGAAGUUACACUUACACUACACACAUGCCAAAUGCCAAUCAAAUGAAAACUUAAUUAUAUUUUUUUUUAAAAAAAAUUUCACAAAAAAAAAAAAAAAAAAAAAUAGUAAAACAAUUAGAGAAAGAAGAGAGAGGAGAGAGAAAGAAAGAGAGAAAACAAAAAAAAGAAAAGAGAAAGACGAAGGUGGGUAAAAGCAUCCCAACCCAUCCACACAAUCACAACCAACAAUGGUGCGACGAACCGCCGCCGCCACAACCGCCGUCGCAACACUCAACACCGGCGCUCCUUUAAAGAAGAAGAAAGGUCGGCCUUCAUUAGCAGAUCUUCAAAAUCGUGCUCUUCUUCUUCAACAACAACAACAAAACCCUAAUUCCCAAUCCCAUUUUCCUCAAUCAAACCCUAAUCGUCGUUCUCGAUCUGCGCGCCGGAUCCCUAAUUUACCCGCCCGUUUUAUCGACGGUUCUGAUUCCGACGAUCAUUCAAUUGAUUCCGAUAAUUUAGUUCAAAAUGAUGAUGAUGAUGAUGAUAAUGAAAAUGAUGAUGAUGAUGUUGUUGAUGAUGAUGAUGAUGAAAGGGCUGAGAAAAAGGUUAAACUCGUCGUUCAAUUCCCAAAUUCUUCUUCCAACAAAUUCAUCAAUGCCGUUGCUUCUCAGGACGUAAAGCGUUCGAAAGCGACUGACAACGAUAAUGGGACAAGGAGGAUGGUAGGUGGUGCUUUGGAAAAUGGCCCCACACCUUCAACUUCUGCUACUGCUACAGCUACUUCAACAAGUACACCUUUGCCUGAUAAAAAGUUGCUGCUCCUCAUUCUUGAUAAACUCCAAAAGAAGGAUACUCGAGGAGUGUUUGCAGAGCCAGUUGAUCCAGAGGAGCUUCCAGACUACCAUGAGAUUAUUGAGAAUCCCAUGGAUUUUGAAACAGUGAGAAAGAAACUCUUGGGUGGCUUAUAUGUGAUUUUGCAGCAGCUUGAGGACGACAUAAAUUUAAUAUGUUCGAAUGCAAUGAAGUACAAUUCACCUUCAACGGUAUUCCAUCGACAGGCCCGAGCUAUCCAAGAACUAGCAAAGAAGGAAUUUGAAACAUUGAAACAAGAUGGUGGUGUUAUUGAGCUACCUGCCAAACCCAGGAGAGGUAGACCACCAGGUAGUAGAAAUUUGAAGAAGCUCCUUCAAAGCUCACCCCCAGAUCGCAAUGUUCGUGAGUCAUCAUCAGAUGCCACUCCUGCUUCUCGAGAUGUCACACCUGCUUCUCGUGGUGCCACACCUGCUUCUCGAGGUGCCACACCUGCUUCUCGAGUAGCCACUCCUGCUUCUCAGGAGGAGGACGUGGGGAGAUCAGGCUCUUACAAUCUGAGGAAAGGACCUAGUUUAUACCGUUUCCCUCGCUAUCUUGAAAAUUGUUUUGAUUUUUCAGGAUCUUCUUCUAAAUCAAUGUCAGCCAGGUAUGGAAAAAAGUCAUUUGGUUCAGAAGAAAGUAGGCGUGACACUUACUACUUUUCUGGUGAGCCUGAUUCUGGCCAGGAUCAACAAAUGGCUGCUUUUGGAGGCCUUGAGAGGCAAUUAAUUCCACAGGUAGCUCUUGCCUCAGAUCCUAAUAGCUAUGCAAGAAGCCUUGCUCAAUUUGCUGCGAAACUUGGGCCUGACGUUUGGAAGGUUGCCUCGAAAAAGAUUAGAAGUGUUCUGCCACCAGGUGUAGAGUUUGGUCCUGGAUGGGUUGGCGAAACCAAGGUGUCAUCAGCGCAACUCCCUUGUUUGCCAGAGAACUCGUUACAGUCACAAGAUUCCUUCAAUAGUGAAUCACACCAUCUGUCAACAUCAGGCUUUAGAAAUUCUAAUUUGGCUGGUAAACCCACUACAUCUUGCCCUGAAAAACCAAUGGAUUCUCGAGAAUUAAGUUCCAAUGUUGAAUGGUCUUCACUGAAAGGUGGUAAUGGGGUGGUGGGACCAGGCCAUUCGUUGCAGGUUCAACAUCAAGGUUCUGUUCAUCCACGCAUGAAUGGUUUUAGUGGCAGUUUUGCUCCAGGUUCUCAUUUUCAGGAAGCAAUAGGCAGGCAAACUUCGUCAUCAUUCUUUAAUCCUCAUGCUUUGGAUUCAAGCUCAUUUGAUACCUCUAGAAGCUUCAAUGGUGUGAUCUACUCCGAAAAUGAUAUGGUCACCCAUGGGAUGCCAUAUUGGCAGAACCUAUCCAUACAAGAAAGUUGGGAUCGCCCAUAUCCAGUGGAGCUCAAUAAGGGAUUCCAGGCAUCUGGUUCGAAAAGUACAAAUUUACCCAUUGGUUCUCCACCGCAACUAGACUUAGUCCUGCAGCUUUGAAACAUCAAUGUUAGGCUUUUCUUUAGUUGUAGGUAUAAAUAUGGCAAUUCUCUCUUGGCUGGUACAGUCACAAUGGUAGUAGAAACGGGUGAAACGCUGUACAGAUUGGUUCACCAACUAUUGAGUUUAAUUGGGAAAACUAUACAGUUCUGGUGAUUUAGGAAGCUCUUCUCCUUUCGCAUAUUUAUAUUUUGUUUCCUUUUUUUCUUUUUGGAAAGAACACAAACUUUCCCAAGGUCCCUAUGAGCAAGAAAUGUAGAAAGAAGUAGAGAGAGAGAGAGAGUUACAUUCAUUGUAUUUUGUACCAAGUAAUUGUGUUAAAGGUUAAUACAGGUAUUUUGACUUUACAAUAGCA